UCACUUAAAAUUACCAGAUAGGAGUAAUAGAAUGCAGUUCUGUCUCCACAUAAUGGUCAAAUAGAAAAAGCUGGUCCAAUUUAUUACCUUCACUGAUUCACCCAGAUAAAUCACCCAACCUUUUUGAGAACUUAGGCACAAAAACUUGAGAAAUGGAUCCUGUUGGUUAAUGAGUAGAUUAAAAAUUUUGAGAAAACACCUUUGUCAUCCUCUCCCUGAAGCCUGGAUGAACAAAUCAUCAGUGAUAUUAUACCAAAGUUCAGCCAAACCUUCUCCAAAGCUUUGCUGCUCUGUGGGUCCCCUCACCCCUGAACUGAAAAGUCCACACUAUAAUCCACCUUUUCCAAGAAUCUCUCUUUAAUUUCUCUUGUAGUUUCCACAGAUACUAGCUAUCCAGGAGAAUCAAAAGAACACUAUGUUUCAACCAAAAACUAUCAGCACAUGCUGUGUCUAAUUCUUCCACUUCUAAAAACUGAGCUGUGAUUUUGUGUCCUUCAGAAGGGCUUGUGAUGUGCUUGGUGACAGACAUAACACAGUGCUACAAGGUAUGGUGCUAAUCUCUUUUUCAGACUUCUUCUAAUAAACUGUGUCCACUGGGAAAAUAAGGAGGCAUGUCUACACCCCAGGUGCAGGUACACCCCAGUUACCUAAGCAGAAUCCCAGCUCUUGAUGUUAUAUUGUCUCUUGGUGGGACAGGACCAGGAUGCUGGAGCUGAGUUGGUACAUACACACAGCACUGAAUCCCAUACAUCAUAAAUACUGACUUGAGCCAAAGCUAGCUGACGAGUCUCUGCAUUGUUUCCUGAUAUGGUUGCAGGAGAUCACAGAGGGGAAAACUUGGCAUCGCCGUCAAACUCCUCAAGAAUUUUCUCGUAUCUUUAAAAAUGGUAAAUGUGACUCCUCCAAGGAUGGAGGCUGGGUAUGAGGGGGUUGUUCCAGGUGAGGUGUCUUUGCCUUCCCUGAGUGAGUGGUGGGUGUUGCCACCAUUCUCCACUCCCUUAUUUUCUGGCUUGUACUUACUCAAUUUUGAGCAUACCAAAGGAAAAUUAACAGCCCCUUGUGAUGGGCUGAAGGAGUGCUCCAAACAGAUUGUUUUCUAAGGCCUUGUCCAGGCAUGAUCCCUCAUCUUUUUACUGUUUGAAAAGCUUCCCUGACACGUCCUGAAGAAAUAUGCAGAAGAAAUGCUGGCCUUGUUCCUGCAAGAAGAUUUGGCCAGGCUCCCACGCACGAGGCUAGAGAUCAGUGGCUCACUGCUGUGGAAUCUCAGUCCUGCUUAGCACUCAUUUCCCUCCUCUUUCCAGAGUCCCUUAAUCUGAUAGAUCAUGUGAGGAGAGGCGAGAGGGGGAAGGGGAGGGGACCGUGAUGUAAAUCAGCUCCAGCUAAGUUAAGAGACUGCGUUCAACCGUACGGUGCCUGCAACUUGCUGUGAUUCGGGGUACCACCGGGAGACCCUGAAUCGUGCUAAAAAGGAGCAAAGAUGGAGCAUGUCUGUUUGAGACCCAGCGGAUGAUGGACUCACUUCACUUGUGGGGAAGAAAACGGUGCGCUUAACAGCGCACGCUCCUGCAGCUUCUUGCCUUGCUGUCUGCUGCGUGUACUCAGAGUGACAGGAGGACAGACUCCAGGACGUUCCUGGAGAAAGGGAGAAGCGAAGCUCGCUAUACUUGUGGGGACUUGUGAUGGCUUCAGCUUGGCAGAAAACUCAGGAAUACUACAGCUGGGUCCUUGAAAGCGGAGAUCCAAGGACAGACCCAUGGCCCCUGGUCUACUCUCCACUUCCAGUCACCCUUCUCUUUGCCUUCUACCUCUUUGUUGUGGCACUGGGGCCAUGCCUCAUGCGCAAGCGGGAGCCACUGAAGCUGAAAGGUCUGCUGAUUACCUACAACCUCGCUAUGGUGACAUUAUCAAGCUAUAUGUUUUAUGAGUUUCUGGUAACUUCAGUCUUGGACAACUACAGCUACCUGUGCCAACCAGUGGAUUACAGCCGAAGUGAACUAGGAAUGAGGGUACAGUUCUGUACAAAGCUUGCCUUAGGCCCUGCUCUGCCUCUGGGUAUGCAGAUUGUUUUGCUGAUGGCAAGAGUGUGUUGGUGGUUCUUCUUUUCCAAAGUCCUCGAGCUGCUGGAUACGGUUUUCUUUAUUCUGCGCAAGAAACAAGAACAAGUGACUUUCCUGCAUGUAUAUCACCACGGCACGAUGCUGUUCAACUGGUGGUCAGGCGUCAAAUAUGUUCCUGGGGGACAAGCCUUCUUUAUUGGGAUGUUGAACUCCUUUGUACAUAUCUUCAUGUACACGUACUAUGCCCUGGCAAGCCUGGGACCACAGAUGCAGCGUUACCUGUGGUGGAAGCGUUAUCUAACCAUCAUGCAGCUGUGCCAGUUUGUGGCCAUUGCUGCUCAUUCUUCCUACAACCUCUUCACAGAGUGCCAGUUCCCUAAUGGCUUCAACGCUGCAGUCUUCCUCUACAUUCUCAGCCUUAUCACUCUCUUUCUACGCUUCUAUUAUCGAACCUACAUUAGGGGAAAACAGGAGAAGCUCACUUAAAGAAAACCAAAGAGGAGAGUGAGCAUAGUUUGAUGAAUUUGCACAUUCUCUGCUGCUUCUACCAUGACUGCGUGAAGAAAAUGUAUUUAGAAAGAGUGUGGGAGAGUUAUAUGUGCAGACUCUUGGGUGCAUUAAAAUAUUUCAAGUGAGGAAGAGAAGAGGAAAUACCAAAAAACCGGGAUUAGAGUAUUGAGGAGCUCACUUAUUUGAUGCUGAUGCAAAUCCAAGCCAAAUAGUCAUCAACAUAGCAGCCUUUGUGAAAUUAGCCUAAAAGGAUCCCCUCCUGCCCUUCCAUCUGUCAGCUCAAUUUGCGAGGUCUAGCAUCCCACCAUGACUCCGUGGCUCAUUUCUUAGACUACAAAGGGUUUGUUUCCAUUCAUAAGUCCAUCUCAGCUUAUCUUCGUUGAUCAGGCAAGGUCAGGUUCCUCCAGCCUGAGAGCAGUGUUCAGGUAACAGCAGAAGUCAGGAACUCACGGGGACUGCAGGAUGUGCUCUAUUGUUUGCUGCAUCCCAGCCUUUCCUCUUAAAUGCCCUCACCAGGACUAGGAUGAGUUACAGCUAUAUAGGCCUGAUGAUUUCACUUUACAUUAGUGUAAACAAGAUGGAAACUGGACAUUCUGUAUGAAAAGCUGACUCUGCUCUGAAACUAAAGAGAAGGCAUUAUUAGUCUCUGGUCUGUCAUUUUCACCCUAAGCAAGAAAUUAGUGUAGUGAGAGUCAUCAUAGACCAUUUUCUGGAACACUUAUUUGUCUUUGGUUGCUCUCAUAAUGCUAGAGAGAAAACUUUUUAUGCACAAGGAUCACUUGUCAUUACUGCUUUGAGAUGCCACAUUUUUGAACAGCCAGAAUGGAUUGAGCCCCAUUCACAACAUUCUUCUCCAAUUUGUAAUUACUGUUAUUAUUUUAAUCUUUCAUUAAAGGUAAAAAUGAUUUACACCACCGUAAGCAACCACCUUCAUGACUGAAUUCUACUUGUAUUAAUACAAAAUUUACCAAGUCAGCUCCCUGGCUAGUGUAAAGCUGCAUAGCUCCAUUGACUUCAUGAUACGAGUUAUUAGCACCUUUUGGCUCCUAAGUUGGUUAAAAAGUUAGAAUUUGGUCCCUAUGUUCAUCUACAGGCACUUAAAUACCCCUAAAGCUUUGAUAUGGUAGCACUUUUG